UGGUGCGCAGUCGCGUUGCAGGUUGCGAUGUGCUCGAGCCUGGUGGCUCCUCCUCGAGCUCUGGACGCUUCCAUGUUCUUCUGCUCUCCAUUUCCUGCCUCUUAUUCUCCAUCCAUGCUCAAUCACCCAAGAUCCCCCUCCUCCCUCCUCUCCCGCAGUGAGAGAUGGGUCAUAAAUACAGCAAGGCGGGAAAGGCUGGCAGCUCGUCAUGUGCAGUGCGGGAGAGGCGUGUCCAGGACUGGUAUCCAACUCAAAAUGACGGACAGACAGGCUGAGUCCGAGCGAUCUGUAUCCUCACGACCCGAAGAUGAAGGAGGAAAGGGAACCAGCGGGAUGGUGUCCUUCCGAAAGGAUGACAUGCAGGUUUUCCUCAAAAUGGCGGAGGAAGAAGAGUCCAUGGGGAACACGACAGGAGCAGAUAUGUAUAGGAGCAUUGCUGACAAGAUGCAGAACAUCAUGAGCAGAUCGAACGCCAGGCUCAUGUCAUCACUUGACUUGGAGGAGAACUCCGAUGAUGUCAAACGUUGGCCAUUCUUACACUCUGGGCUCGCAACCCAGGGAAAGACAGUCUGGGUGACAGACGGGGCGUCCGAGACACUCAAGAGUGCGAGGGGUCUCAACGCGUACGGCCCGGGAGGAUACGUGCAGUGGAAGCUGAGG